AUGACAACGUCUAAUGGCAUUCCAGAGAAGGAAACGAAGGGUAAGCGAAAGAUUGAAAUCCAAAAGAUCGACAAGAAAACAAGUUUACGAGGAGCUUUAUCCAAGAGGCGGAAGGGUCUUUUCAAGAAGGCUAUGGAAACGCACCUAUUGUGCAGCACAGAUGUAGCAAUCCUUAUCCAAUCUCCGGGUAACAAGUUUUUCACUUUUGGCGAACCCUCUUUGAAAUCCAUUUUGCCUCAAUGCCAAUUUCUUGAUGAUGCCCACAAUCCGAUGGUUGAAGGGAGGGGUAAAAAUGAAAGGGAAUUUUGGUGGGAGAAAGAAAACUUGGAAAAAAUGGAGUUGCGUGAUUGA